CCCACGCAGGUGCGCCGACUUGACUGUGCAUAGUAGGAUGAUACAGCAGUGUGCGUUCAGUCACGAUAUGAUGAUGGUGCUCAGUUUUGUCGUAUCCGUCGUUGCUGCUCUGUGUUUCACUGUUGCAGACGCUGCUGGCAACUACUUUGUUGCACUGCCCAGAGAGCUGCGCUGCUGCAAGGAGGAGAGAGUUGUCGUCUCCGUUUAUGGCGUGGGAGCUGCUCAUCGCAUCCCGACGAAUUUAGAAGUCGUAGACGACAACGGCAAAGUCGUUUUGACGACUGAUCCUACGCCUGUUGCACAAGGCACUCCGGCUGAGUUUGCUCUCUCCAUACCUUGUCAGCAUAUUUCCACUCCUCAAGUACCCGGAAAGCAGCGUUUUGUUAGCGUCCGAGCUGUGAGCACGCACGGCAUCUUGUCGUUCAAUAAAGCUGUUAGGGUAGGAGUGAGAAACAGUCCGGAAUUGGUUCUCAUCCAGACCGACAAGCCUAUAUACACAGAAAAUGAGGACGUGAACAUCCGAGCGGUAGUUCUUAGCUGCAACUUUGCUCCUUGCUGUGGAGGAGACACUGAUUGUGUUUGCAACGUGUUGUUGGACGUCAAAAAUCCUCAAGACAUCAUUGUUGAAAGGCUUGAUAUUAAACCAUGCUCAACACAGGGAGCUAUCCAGCGAAUCAACUUUAACUUGGGUUUGACUCCUAUUGAGGGUGAUUGGACAAUUGUUGCUAAACGCAGUUGUGAUGAUAUUGUGAUCUCAGAAACUUUAUUUGAAGUGAAAAAUGAUGUUCUGCCUCGUUUUGAAGUCUUUGUAAGAGCACCCAAAUUUGUGAAGGCAACCGAUGAAAAUAUACAAAUUGUUGUGACAGCAAGGAAUUCUUAUGGAAAAGGUGUACUUGGAAUACUGAAUGUAAAACUUGGUAUCUGCAAGGAAACAACUACUAGUGUCGUGGUCUUUAGGUCAGAACAGUUCCUAAUACUUUCAUCUGAUCAAGGGAUUAAGUCGUUGACAUUUCCUAAUGCAGGAUAUGACGUUUUCCCAUUAAGCAAGCACUUGUGUGUGAUUGCUGAAGUGACAGAGAAAGCUAGUGGCAUUAAGUCUUCUUCGAUGGAUAACUCUUCUGUGUUUACUGACAAUCCCAUCAAGCUCGAUUGUGAUCUUAUGUCGUCAUUUUACAAACCUAAAUUGCCUCUACUGAUGCAGGUUCGAGCUCGUUAUCCAAGCGGCGAAAGUGCGAGAAACAUUGAAAUUUUAGUGACACAGCCUGAUGGUCUAAUCAGAAGCAAGACAACAAGUGAUAAUGGUAUAGUUUUUCUUAAUAUCGACGUGGGAGACCCAGAUGGAGAUAUUGAUAUUCUGGUCAAAGCCAAAGGCCAACAUCUUGGAGAGAAAUGCAAUUUCAAGAAAUUUUGUUCACCGUGCAGUCAUCAAAUCACAGUCAGAUCAAGUUCAGUUAGGAAACUACAGGUUGGCAGCAUUGCUAGUUUUGAGAUUAUCAAGAGCAGCGGUGAUAACAGAAUAUUGCACGUCACAGCUGUUGUAGUUGCCAGGGGAAGCAUUCAGUCAUCUCAGCAUCUUCAAACCAAUAACGGUCCUUCUACUAAAUUCUUAGUCACCAUCACACCACAGAUGGCCGAUCGAUAUUGCAUCAUUGUCUACUACAUUGAUCAGUGUGGAGGUGGAAAUCAUGUUAUUUCUGACUUUACUUGCGCUGAAACGGACAAAACUUGUUCGAAUGAGAUCUCUCUUGAGAUUUUGGGUAGCAAAGUGAUUGAGCCUGGCAGAGACUUAAAUCUGAGCAUUGCAGUGGCCUGUCCACAUUCUGAUAUUGCAUUACUGGCUGUGGACAAGAACCUCUACAGUCUCAAUAUUGAGAACCGGUUGUCACGGGACAAGAUGUUUGAAGCUUUGGAUGGAUGUUCAACUUCUUGUGGUCAGACAGUUGCAAGCUCAGACGGAAUAUUUGAUGUUGUCGGAUUGACUUCUGUGUCUGGGACAAGUCUAAACCCACAAUGCAAUUGCUGCACAAAGUCUUGCUCUCAAGUUUGUCUGAGAGACGAUGUUACAUGUCCAAGCAAACGUAAAAAGCGGAACACACCAGGUCACUGUUCUAAAUUGCGAAAAGCUCUUGCAGCUAGACGAAUUACUGACAAGACAAACAGAUUAAAGUUCUGUUCUGCUGAGUACCAAAAACUGCUUGCGGGAAUAUCCACUCUUCUAAAUUCUACGACAACAACAGACGCUUACAAUCAGUACAUCUGCUGUCUUGGAUACGACCGUAGAGCACGAUCUAUCGUUGCAGCACCGUUUAAUGAUAUUAUUGGGUUUGCUGAGCUAUCACUUAUUAGACGAAGAAAGCAUUUCCCACACGUAUGGCUAAACAACGAACGGAUCACCAAUGGCGACGGAAAAUCGGUUACCAGACUUGUAAAAGUUCCUGACUCUAUUACGAAGUGGUCGAUCUAUGGUCUGGCUCAGUGCUGUGCUACUGGAUUUUGUGUGUCUGAGCCUGUUGAACUCACCGUAUUCCAGCCGUUAUUUGUUGAGUGUCAUUUGCCUUAUUCAUUCAAACGUCAGGAGCAAGUGUCAGUCGAAUGUUCUGCUUAUAACUACAACGCUAAUGACCAAUGGGCAAGUUUGCAAAUUAUAGAUCCACCUGAGAAUCUUUGCACAAGUGCCGGUACAGGAGAGGAGACAGCGCCUGUUCGGUUCAGCGUUCCAGGAUUAGACAGGAAGACAAUACUUUUACCAUUGAUGCCUCUUGAUCUGGGCACAACAAAACUGACUGUCAGGGUACGUACUCAACUAGGAGGAGAUGAGAUAGAGCAGGAAAUCAGAGUUGUGGCUGAAGGUGUUAAGAGAGAUUAUGAUUAUGCAGCCGAAUUAGAUCCUCAAGGUCUUAAUAUGAAUGUUAGUGGGGGCUGCAGCAUUGCACAAGCUCCAGAUCUUCGAGUUGGCAGAUGUUUUAAGUCAAUCCUCCACGAUGGCAGCUGUGGUGAUCCCAUUGAAGGCGAUUUCACAAAGGACGAAUGCUGUGUAGGACAAUCUGACAGUUCGGCUUUGGCUUUCAGUGAUGGCAGUCAAUGUGAAUUGUGUCCUCCAAAGAAAGAACUACAUUUGUGCGGAGAAGAGUGCCCUUGCGCAGGAAAGAAUCAAAACAGAAAACAGAUCAACUACUUUCAUGUUCGAGCACCGGAGGACUUCAUUUCUGGCUCAGAGAAAGCCUGGUUGGGAGUUAAUGGAAAGUACUUCUCGAUUGAUGAGCAUAUUGAAGGUGACGUCGAUCCUAUUCAAGGCAUAGAGGGACUGCUGAGGAUGCCUCGUGGAUCUGGAGAACACAGUAUGUUGCGCUUUGGUCCAAACUGUGCGGUCGUGUGGUUUUUGGCUGCCACUAAUCCAGGCUCUGAAAAAGGUCAUCUUCCUCUUCUCAAGCAAGGUUACCAAUACCAGCUAAGAUAUCGCAAAGCAGCUACUGGGGGAUUCUGCGUGUGGCAAAGUCAUCCAUCUUCAACUUGGUUGAGUUCGUUUGUCUUGCGAACCAUGUGUUGCGCACGAGAGUUUGUUGAUGUUGAUCCCAAUGUUGUGUCUGGACUUAUCAACUUUCUUGGCACUCGUCAAGAUGCUUCUGGAAAGUUUUUGGAACCCAAGAGAGUUUAUCACAGAGAGAUGGUGGGUGGUGUACAAGAAGGUGGUGUAUCAAUGACUGCCUACACAACUAUGAGCUUACUUGAGUGUUGUAGUCCCGAGGAGAAAAAAGUGCUAAUUCCUAGAAUCUGUCCUGCUGUUACGUACAUGCAAAGCGAAGUUCGAGCCAAUCGAGUUAACCGACCAUAUGCCCAAGCAAUUGUCUACCUGGCGUUGGUGAAGGCUUGCAACUACUCUGAUUGUGGCAUCUGCAAAACCGAAAGUGUGUGUGAUGCUUCUGUCAUUCAUAAACUGCGAAGUGAACUGUUUGCAAAGGCAAAAAUUGGUGAGGAUGGAUCGAGGCAUUGGGAGGCUGACACCUCUGUGGGACAGGCUUACUGGUAUAGACGAAGACCUGCAGCCAUCUCUGUAGAAAUGUCUGCUUACGUCCUUGAAGCCUGUCUCGUUGUGUCUGACUGCCAAUGCGCAGCUUCAAUUGCCAAAUGGCUCAACAGCGCAAGAAACUCACGAGGAGCUUUUGUAUCCACACAAGAUACCGUUGUUGCUCUGAAUGCUUUAUCCAAAUUUGCUGCUGGAUGCGGUGUGUCUGUCAAUCAUCCUCCGGAUCUGUGCGUGACAGUGAGGAGCAAGACUACAGGAGAGGUUGUGACGAAUUUCACCGUUAACUCUGCAAAUGCUGCUCUGACACAACGCGUCGAGGUUCCUAUCAACGACGUCUACGAAGUGGAAACCUGUGGCACUGGACUGGGACAAACUAUUGUUCAUGUUGAGUACAACGUCCCUGAAACUGGAUUCGAGGAGUGUUCGUUUAAUCUCAGUGUUCAAGCUGAUGUUGUUGUGGUUCCAAGCGACAUUGAAGGAGACAAUGCAGCAGAAAUUGAAUUCUGUGCCAGAUAUUUGGGAAAGAAUUGUACAAGCAUGGCUAUUGUUGAGGUGGAGUUGCCUACAGGAUAUAAGGCAUGUGAUCGUCGUAUUAACGAUGCAGACGAUCCGCUCUGUCUCAAAGAUAUGCUGUCUACUAAAGGUGAAGUCUUAAAGUUUGAUAAGUAUGAGAUCACUGACAAAUCAGUUGUCUUCUACUUUGAUCAGCUCUGCAGCAAUAUUAAUACGUGCCUUAAGUUUAAAGCUUUCAAGAAGUUUGAAGUCUUGCAUUAUCUGCCUGUCAGCAUCAAGGCUUACGACUAUUACGAACAAUCUGUGGAAUGCACUCGGUUUUACACGUUGGCUGGUAUUAGCCCAGAACUGUCAAUGAUUUGCAAUAAGAGCAAUAUUGACCAACCAGUGUGUGUAUGCGGGGCAGGUCGAUGUCCCAAGCUUGAGCCGAUUGAUAAAAAGCUGUGUAACGCUUGUCUCCAUCACCACUAUGUCUACAGAGUUUACGUGCUUAAGGAGAUUAACUCUAACGGAUGGUGGAAAUACAGAGUCCGUAUUGUAGAUAUUUUAAAAUAUGGAAGUGCUGGACUGAAAGUUGAUGACAAAUUUAGUCUGGAGCUCCCCGCCAUUUGCAAAAAGGAUUUCCAACUAGAGAUAGACAAGGAGUAUCAUGUCCAGGGAAGAUACAGCAAGAAAUUCGUUCUCGAUCACAACUCUCAUGUUGAGCUGUGGCCAGAGAUGACGUCCGUUGAGUGCAAAGACAAACAGAAGCAAGAUUGUAUCAAAAAGCCAUGUAAGAACAAGAAGGGCAAGGCCCGUAGAACUUGCGAGAAGAAACGUAGGAAGAGAUGCCUAGACAAGUGCAAGAAAUACGUUGACUUUGAAAAUUACGUUACGACUCUAAAAGACGGUGGAGCGUGUGAGUCCAACGAUCUAUGUAACAAGAACGAGUAAUUGAAGAUUGUGAAGAAAGACUUAGUAUUUAGUUUUAGUUCAUCCUCAUAUUUGGUUAACGUUUGGUGUAUCAAAUAUUAAGAUUUUACUGUGAAUGAUCAAUUGGUUUAUGAUGAAUAAAUGGAUUUCAUUGAAA